AUGGAAGAUUUUUUGAACAACACCUCACAGAAUGAAAGCUAUGGUCAAAGUGAAAUCGACCAAGACUAUGAUUAUGACAAAUAUAAAUCUCUUAAUUUUAUCAAACGUGUGGCAACAUUUGUAAUCAUUAGUAUCUGCCUUCCUUUGACCAUGGCUGCCAUCUAUUCUGUGUUUUUCAUGGUGCGAAAUGAUCGUGGGGCUCCCUUCUACGUCAUCAACAUUCUAAUUUCUGAUGUUAUUCAGCUCAGCUGUUUGACUGUUUGGGGGGCACUACAGAUAUGGGAAUACAUCUCCAGCUUCAUUUACAGAAUGGCUGUGCUGGCCAGUGUUGGCUUCAUGGUUUGUCUCGCCCUUGAAAGGUAUUUAGUCAUUGCCAAGCCACUGUGGUACCGCUUCAAUCGAUCCAAAAAUAUGUCUGUGGUGGUCUGUGCCGUGGUCUGGGCCAGUUCCAUUGUCUUCAACUUCUCAUAUAAAACCACCUGCGUUGCUUUUCUGCUUCCCUUCCCACUGCUCAUAUUCUUCCUGGUUGGGACCGUCAGAGCCCUCUCUACUUCCAUCUCGGUCCCCUCAGAUGAAAAACGAAGAAUUGUUGGAAUUUUAGUCCUUGUGCUGCUGAUUUACACACUACUGUUCCUGCCCUUUCUCAUUACCAUCCUGAAAAGCAAAUUAAUUUCCUAUACUUUGUUCAUAGUGUCUGACAUCUUUCUUAGGUGCAGUCCUCUUGCAAACUUAGUUCUGUAUGUUUUCAUCAGGAAAGGGACCAUAGACAAGCUUCUGGCUGCUGUGGGUUGUUGCAGAAAAGAAAGCAAUGAUCCUCAGUCAGUGUCGAUGUAG